GAAUAGGAGCUCAGAUUUUUCACACAUGAAAACAGCAUGGACGACAUAUCAAAUAGAGGAGACGAGUCGGGUCGAUUUUUUAUUUUUAAUGAAAGUUUAACCGAUAUAAUUUAAAUAUUUGACCUUCGUGUCAGUAAUAGCAAGGUUAGGUUUCCUGGUCCGUUUAGUAGAAACUAUCUGAACGGCGAAAAAGCCAUAAAUACAGAUUAUAAUGAGGACUAAUUGUAAGUCUGAAUGAUAAAAAGGUGAUAAUUUAAUAGUUUAUAUUUAUUCCAUAAUUAUGUUUCGACCAUCGUCCAUCCAUCGUGGAGUGUGCAGAGCUGUGAUUCGCGGACUUUGGACAAAUAGACGCACCUCUCUCCAUCGUCUCCUGUCCACGUACGGUGGAGUUCAGGGUGGGCUGGCAGACGCUGACACCAUCUUUGCCCUGUCAUCAGGUUAUGGCAGGUGUGGCGUAGCUGUGGUACGUGUCAGUGGCCCUGCCUCAGCGACAGCUUUAAGGAGUAUGGCUGGGCACCGCCUCCCUCCUCCACGAACUGCUCUGUUGCGCAGCAUCACAGAUCCCCUCUCCGGAGAAAUGCUGGACCGUGGGCUUGUCCUCUGGUUUCCAGCUCCUCACAGCUUCACAGGAGAAGACAGCGUGGAGUUCCACAUCCAUGGUGGUCCUGCUGUCAUUACUGCUGUCCUACAAGCUCUAGGAAGCGUGCCUGGCACGAGGCCUGCUGAAGCUGGGGAGUUCACGCGAAGGGCUUUUCAAGCAGGGAAGCUUGAUUUAACAGAGGUGGAGGGACUCGGGGAUCUGAUUCAUGCAGAGACCGAGGCCCAGCGGAGACAAGCUCUUCGACAGAUGUCAGGAGAACUGGGACACAUCUACCGGGACUGGAGCCACAAGUUGAAGCGAUGUCUUGCCCACAUUGAAGCUUUCAUAGACUUCAGUGAGGACGAGCUCAUUGAAGAUGGAGUCUUAGACCAAGCUGACCGUUCAGUCUGUGAUCUGCAGAGUCAGAUCGAGCAACACUUGAGGGAUGAGAGGAGAGGUGAGAGGCUUCGCAGUGGCGUCCAUGUGGUCAUCGCAGGAGCCACCAAUGCUGGGAAAAGUAGUCUUCUUAACACUCUCUGUCAGAGACCUGCAGCCAUUGUGUCCCCAAUCGCCGGGACCACCAGAGACAUAGUAGAGACAGCAGUGGACAUUGGUGGCUUCCCUGUCCUGUUGAGCGACACAGCGGGUCUCAGAGAAAGCGCAGACCUGGUGGAGCAGGAGGGGGUUCGCCGGGCCCGAGAAAGGGUUCAGCAGGCUGAUCUGACGCUGCUGGUUGUGGACUCGACUUGUCUCCCCUCAGACGUACAACGAGCUGCAGGUUUCCUGUCAGAGAACCUGAGGAGUGUGUUGCCCUCCCAGAAGCAGCCUGCAACAGACAUGUGUCUUCUGGUGCUGAAUAAGUCCGAUUUGCUCCCUGAGACUCAAAGACAGAAGUUAAAAAUGGAGCUCAGAGGAGUCUCUGGACUUCCUGCUGUGUGUCUGCUCUCCUGUCAGACGAACGAAGGACUCAAGGACUUCCUCACUGUGCUGCAAAGCAGUGUCAAGACCCUGUGUGGUGAUCCUCUGGCCGGUGCCCCCACCCUGACCCAGGCUCGCCACAGGGCCCACUUGCAGCAGUGUGUGGCGGCUCUGUCUCAGUUCCAGCGGUACCGAGACUCUGACCUCGCUCUGGCAGCUGAGGGUGUCCGCUUAGCUCUCACCAGCCUGGGGAGAAUCACUGGCCGGGUUGGGGCAGAGGAGAUCCUGGAUAUCAUCUUCAAAGACUUCUGCAUUGGAAAAUAGAGAAUUAAGAGUGAAAACAUGAAGCACAGGUGAUUACAGCCCACUGGGGGAGAAAGACCUCCAGCCCACAUUCCCACAGUAUCAGUUAGGAAACUGGAACAAAAAGGGCACAGAGCUGGCGUUUUGCCCGGCUUGGAGGCAUGUUCUGUGUUUUUGGCUCCAGAACACUCCCCUCCUCCCAGGACAAAAACGUUUGUUUUCUGUUGGUCUGGUUUUUUCAUCAAGCUCAGAUAGUUUAUAGAUGAUGACAGUGCCUCAGGGGUCCAAUAUACUGAACAAGUGUUUGGCAAAUAUUAGGUCAUCAUCUAAAGUGUUUUUCCAAGGCCUUUGAUGGUUAGAUAUUGCCCUCCAGGGCUGCCACAUUAUAGCUGAAACUUGCUGCUGACUUGUCAAAACGUUGAUGCUCCAAUGAGAAGCACUGUUUUAUUUUUAAUGUUUCAGGCCUUUGCAUUCUGAGUGCAAAAUACAUCAACAUCAUAGUUAAUUUAUUAAUAGAAUGUGUUUAAUCUCACAAACUGCCCUCUGACCCCCCCCCCCCCACGCGCGCGCGCAGAAACCCCUUUUAUGUGCACAAACUGAUGUUCUCGGCUUGAAGCAGCUGAACAGGAAGUAAAACCAGAGCUGGGCUAGCUAGUGUAAAUGGUAAAUGGCCCGUAUUUGUAUACCGCCUUCUUAGAGUUCUACAACCCCCCAAAGGUGCUUCACAACACAAUCAGUCAUUCACCCAUUCACACACACUCACAUGCUGGUGGGGAUGAGCUAUAUUGUAGCCACAGCAGCCCUGGGGCGCCAUGACAGAGACAAAUCCUGCUGAACGCAGGCGCCACCGGUCCCUCUGACUGCCACCGGCAGGCAAGUCUUGCCCAAGGACACAACAGACGGAACGUUCCAUUCUGUUUUUUGUUUGAAAUUUUCUUUGAAGAAGUUGUUUUACAUGUUCUGUUUUAAGUCCGGUUCUGUUCUUGUUGGGAAAGGUCUAGGUGAUGAACCUGUUGUCUGUGAAUGCAGCCUGUCCGUUGUCGGCCGUCAGAGCCGUGUGGUUGAAGCACGUCUGUGUUUUAUUGGUAGCCGAGUAAGAGGAGAGAGCUGAAUCUGUGGAGGUUCGGGCUGUCCUUGAUUUGUGGGGUUUCCACGGAUCAAAUACGAAGUGCUUUGAGCGUCGUCCAAUAUCAAUGUAGUAGGAGCUCCACAGCUGAAGGGCAUGGAGUGUUAUGGUUGUUUCCUAGUACCCGUUGCAUCCGGGCAGCUUUUCUGCACCCAUCAGAUUCUGUGACUCUAGGGGUGGAGCCUGAAGGAUUUGGACCUUUUUCAUUUAGAAAAUGUAACUAGCCUGAAUGGCUUUUUCCAAGAACAUACACUAUACCUGUAACGUACAAACAAUUCUGUCAACACUGUAGAUGCACAAGGUGUGACUGUAACUUUCCUAAGUGGGACUUCUAGUUUUCCCACAAUACCGUUAAAGUGCUACUUUUUGUGUUUGUGUAAGACAUGCUGAGGUUUUUUUCUUCAGUAUUCAGGGAAUGUAACAAACUCCAACUUUCAGUACAAGCACAUGCGUAUUUUCUGUCCAUUGUAUAUUUUAUUUUGGGUUUCAUUCUGUGCAUGAAGUGAUGGACAGGCAGUAGUCAAAGUGACCCUUCUCCCCUCAGUGGGAAGGGGGUGUCUUUAGAGACAAUGAUCUCUGCAACCUUUGUUCGCCUGUCAAUCUGGCCUUGAUUAAAUAUUUAUGUUUCCUUGUUGACCUCCUCACCCGUCUUCCCAGCUGGUUUCUUCCUUCUCAGUCUCUGACGACAUUCGGCCUGCUGCAGGCUGCACUAACUGAUGUCUGUCUGCGCUACCUGACCCUUCCUCUUUCCGCUUCGCCCCGACAGCCCUCUCAGGCUCUUUCAUGUUGUUCCUGAUUAAUUACAACUCAGAGGGUGUUUGAGCUAAAACUGGCACUUGCUGUCAUGCAGACUUGUCGUCAUAAAUUUCAGAUCUGUGCCUUUAAAGCACUAUGUUCAGAAUGUUGUGUUUAUUAAAGCUGCGGAAACACAAAAAGUGUUUUAAAAAUAAAGUUUUCCCAUAUUUCAAACCCUCCUUUGAAAGAUUAAUUUAGCCUUCCUGGCAUUUUUCUUUGCCAAUGUUUUGGCCCAAGUGGCUGGGGAGAAGGAAGUCUGGACCUCCCGGCAUAGGCUGCUGCCCCCGCAGCAGCAUCCAUGAAUGGAUGGAUAGAGAAAUAUGUUUA